CAUGGCGCUUCAGGGUGGCGGAGGAUUAGGGUCCGGAGGCUCGAGGCUGAUAGUGUUCGGGUUACUGCUUGUGGCCUUGCCCGUAUCGUGGGCUCGGUUCCACCAGCUCAAGCUAAAGGAUGACAUCAGGCAGAAAGUGCUCCUCAACACGUUUGGCUUUUUCAAGGACGGUUAUAUGAGCGUGACCAUUAACAGUUUCUCUCUGAAAGACAAUAAAGACUUUUCCGGCUCGGACAGUUCUACUUAUGGCUUUAGCCUGGACAGAACGAGGAAUGACGGAUUCUUCACAUAUUUGGACCAGGAACUUCAUUCUUGUAUCCUGAAGAACCCCCCAACAGAUGUUUCCAUUAUGCUCCUCAAGAUGGAUUUUGUGGGGAAACGUGUUUAUGUCAGCAGCGCCAAACAUGACAUGCCACUUGUCUCUAUCUCGGAGAAGACUGAAGAGCCACCCAAAAACAUCACAAAAGCUGAUCAACCUGAACCGCUUCCUGAAAAGAUGAGCCGCAGAGAUACAGAAGUUGCAGAAAAUGCUAACAAAAAGAAAGAAGAUGCUUUGGAAAAAAAAGACAAAGAAGGCACAGCUGAGUCUGCCACAAAGCUUGAAAAAGAUGCCAAUCAAAAGAAAGCAGUGGAAAAGAAAGAGAAAGAGCAAAAGGGUCCUAUUGAGUAUAAUGCCACCAUGCACGUCGAAAAGGGAGUUGCCUCGUUUCAGUUUUCCUUCAACAUCAGUUCAGAGGAGCUGGAGGGCCUUUACAGUUUGUAUUUCCAUAGCUGCGCCGGAAACGGCAUUUCUGUGAAGCAACAUGCCUUUAGCCUGGAUAUCAAAAUUAUAGAGAAGAACACGGAAAGCUACUUGUCCGCAGACGAAAUCCCACUACCGAAACUCUACAUCUCAAUGGCUCUCUUCUUCUUUGUGGCUGGCCUGGUUUGGGUUCACAUCCUCCGGAAGCGCAGGAAUGAAGUGUUCAAGAUCCACUGGCUGAUGGCGGCACUGCCCAUCACAAAGUCGUUGUCACUGGUAUUCCAUGCUAUUGACUACCACUACAUUUCAUCCCAGGGAUUCCCAAUUGAAGGCUGGGCGGUGGUUUAUUACAUAAUGCACUUGUUAAAAGGAGCCUUGCUUUUCAUCACCAUCGCUCUAAUUGGUACAGGCUGGGCCUUUGUGAAACACAUACUCUCUGACAAGGAUAAAAAAAUCUUUAUGAUCGUCAUUCCCCUACAGGUGCUCGCCAACGUGGCAUAUAUCAUCAUUGAAUCCACAGAGGAAGGCACAACAGAAUACGGGCUAUGGAAAGAUAUCCUGUUCCUGGUGGACUUCCUGUGCUGCGGAGCCAUCCUCUUCCCAGUUUUAUGGUCCAUCAGGCAUCUACAGGAGGCUUCUGCCACAGAUGGAAAAGCCGCAAUCAACUUGGCGAAGCUCAAGCUCUUCAAACAUUACUAUGUCAUGAUUGUUUGCUUCAUUUACUUCACCCGAAUCAUCGCCAUGUUCAUCAGGUUUGCCAUUCCCUUCAAGUGGAAGUGGAUGUACCAGCUCUUGGACGAAGUUGCCACAUUUAUAUUCUUCGUAUUGACCGGCUAUAAGUUCCGCCCUGCGUCCGACAACCCGUAUCUGCAGCUUCCUCAGGAUGAUGAUGAGGACGACCUGGAAAUGGAAGCAGUAGUGACGACCACAGGCGCAACAGAAAGCGUCAAGAAAGUUAAAAAGAUGGUCAACGGCUCCUCAGAGUCCCGGUCAGAGCGGGAGAGCACAGCAUGAGGACAGACCAACCCGAAAUGGCUUUUAAUUUAUUUUCUACCUAAUGCAAAAACAACGACAAAAAAAGUGGGUCAGACUGGUACACUUUCCCUUUCUUUUCCUAUUACAAGACCAUUAUUCUCACGGCUUAAUCCCCCCGAAAUCAAUCAAAUGCACCACCAUUUUUUAGUUUUGCCUCUCUGCCAUAUGCAUUAGGACAUGGUAGCCCUGAGUAUACUCCUGGACAUUUAGUGCUCCCCCCGGUGCCUGAGCGUGGUGCAUAUGGGGAGGAAACACUUUAGCGCAAAGAGGAACCAUGAAUGGAUUUCAUAAAUGUGCCAGAAAUUCCAUAUUUUAUAGGAACUAAUAAGCUGUGUAGCAGGAGGAUACUACUGUCUGAGUGACUGGUAUUGACCCUGGAGAAUUACCCCCUUUUAUUCUGGUUCCACCUCCUGGAAGUCACAUUUAUAUGUAAAUAUUCCUUCUGGUUUUAUAGGGAGAGAGACACUCGCACACAUAUAUACGUGUAAUGAAGGGUCGGAAAAAAUAUGUAAUAGAAGAAAUUACUGAAAGUGCCGAAGGCCCCACUCACCUAUCCAUUCUGGACAUACCAGAGUUAUUGUUUCUGAUGGACGGACGUAUGUUGGAAAAGGACAGAUUUCUAGUGUUUGCAGAGUUUCUUUCAGUCCUACCAGCCCACUUUUUCCAGUAGUAGAACCCUGAACAUGUAUGGCUUCCCUCAUAAACAAUAUGGUACCCUGGGAUAUAGUCAACUGUGACCUUAUAUUUUCUUAUGCACCAGUUGGUCAGACUGAGUCUAUAUUUCAGUCCUUACCUGCUGAUGCUGGGGCCCUCCUUCACUAAACUAUCCAAGCUCUUUUGAUUUCUAGAUUGCUGUGUGUUUGCUAAUAAUAGGGAAGACUUUGAGUAGGAAUAUGUUUUAUUUUGUUUUUUAAAUUUUUUGCCCACCUUAUAGGGGAGGGGCUGGAGGGACAGACCAUUUCUAUCUUAAUUAGAAUGAAAGGCAACGUGCAUCAAACAGACAAGCCAUUGCGCCUUGCAGAGGUUCAUGGGAGUGUUCGUGGGUUUGGCCAAAAAUUCUUGGAUCAUGUUCUUUUCAAUACAAAAUGUUAUCUACCCUGGGGUUGAUCAUCCUCGUGACUGUCAUAUGUUUAAAUCCUUCAUCGGCAUGUUGGGGAGGAACAGUGAGACAUGGCGUGUGUAGUGGGGCCCUUUGGGGACAGUAGAGCAAGUCAGUCACUUUUAACACUUCCCUGUUGUCCAAUAUGCAACGACUCAGGAAACGGUUCAUUACUGUAGAAGGCCGAGACCUAGAGCCACUGAGCAGGAUACAGUUACUUUUUAGGUUGCAAGUCUAUACUUUUUUUGUGAAUAAAAAAUUGUAUUUGCUUUA